GACUGCGGACACAGUACAGGAGAUGACCAGAGACUGCGGACACAGUACAGGAGAUGACCAGAGACUGCGGACACAGUACAGGAGAUGACCAGAGACUGCGGACACAGUACAGGGGAUGACCAGAGACUGCGGACACAGUACAGGGGAUGACCAGAGACUGCGGACAUAGUACAGGAGAUGUCCAGAGACUGCGGACACAGUGCAGGGGAUGACCAGAGACUGCGGACACAGUACAGGGAUGGAGCAGAGACUGCGGACACAGUACAGGGGAUGACCAGAGACUGCAGACACAGUACAGGGAUGACCAGAGACUGCAGACACAGUACAGGGAUGACCAGAGACUGCAGACACAGUACAGGGAUGACCAGA